UCAGCCUCAAGCUUAGCAAAGCUUAGUUUUGACGUACCAGAUCACGGAUCUUACUGGCCACCUUGCCUGCUUUCUGCGAAGAACCUGUGAACCAUCAGAAGGGCCGAUCGUAAAAAUAGGCGCAUAGCGGUGCCAAUGGGCUUUUGGAGAUGCUGAAACGCCACCCGCUGGCGGCAGGGGUCAACGCAUGAGGACGCUGCCGCAGUCGUCACCCUGCGGGUCACCGAGCCAAGUUGACAAUCUUCAUCUCCAACCGCCAGCCCCUCGAAUUCUCGUCACGACUGCGUCGCUGCCUUUGCUUUCGACGACAACAUCGCGCAGCGCUUCGAGACACCUUGGCUAGCACAUACAGACGUCGCAAUCCCCGCGCUUACCUCGCGCCCCAUUAAGCGCAUUCCGACCGCAACACCUCCGCUCUUGCGCGACCGAAUGCCCCCAGCACCCUCAACGAAGCAUGGCCUCACGAAUAUUUCCUAGGGCGGACCCUGGCGACUCCAAUUUCCUCGUAGGAUCAUUCACAAAGGUCGUCCGAGAGCUCGGGAAACGAAAUGUGACCUGCGCGGCCGACAAGCUAGAACACGAAACGAUCAUCGAGAAGCCCAUAUGGAAACAGCUCACCUUCCAUCAUUUUGGCCUGAUACUCUCUGCAACCUUCGGCGCGCUCGCUGUAGCCAUCGCGUUUUUCCUGAUUUUGCGCCAUGCCACGCAUUACUUGAAGCCUUAUGAGCAGAAGCAUGUUAUCCGUAUUCUCGUCAUGAUACCCAUCUACGCCGUUGUCUCAUUUCUGAGCUACCUAUACUACAAGAAGGCCAUAUACUUCGAGGUCCUCCGCGAUUGCUACGAAGCAUUCGCCAUCGCCAGCUUCUUUACCCUCAUGUGCCAUUACAUUGCACCGAAUCUGCACGAGCAGAAGGAAUACUUCAGAAACGUACAACCAAAGAAUUGGGUUUGGCCCUUGAAUUGGAUGCAGAAGUGCACCGGAGGACAGGACAAAGGCUGGCUCAGGAAACCACAGAGCGGACUCACAUGGUUCAACGUCGUAUGGGUCAGCAUCUUCCAGUACUGCUUCAUCCGCCCAUUCUUCACCAUCGUUGCAGUUGUCGCGCAAACGCAAGGUCGAUACUGCCAGAGCUCCAAGGAUCCGCGUUUCGCCUACAUAUGGGUUGCUGGCUUCGAAGCCGUCUCCGUCACCAUUGCUAUGUACUGCCUGAUUCAGUUCUACGUCCAGCUGAAGGACGACCUCGCCCGGCACCGGCCGUUUCUCAAAGUCCUUUGCAUCAAGCUCGUUAUCUUCUUCUGCUUUUGGCAGAGCUGGAUCAUCUCACUUCUAACUGCCGAUGGCGGCCCUCUGAAAUCGAGCGACAAGAUCUCUGGACCUGACCUCCGAAUUGGAAUUCCCUCCAUGUUGACUUGCGUAGAGAUGGCUAUUUUUGCAGUCCUUCACCUCUUCGCCUUCCCCUGGAAACCCUACGACCUCGGAAGACGCCACGAACAGCUCCCACAAGGCACGGACAGCUUCUCAGCUGACACUCCCAAAGCAUACGCCCACGGCCCCGCACGCGCCCUUCUCUCCGCUCUCAACCCCUGGGACAUCAUCAAAGCCUGCGGCCGCGGCUUCCGCUGGCUGUUCGUCGGCGCGCGCCAUCGCAAGAAUGACCCCUCUUACCAAACAAAACUCGAGCCCAUGUCGAACGGCGACGAUACCAGCUACCACGGUCCUACCUUCGCCGGCAACAACGAACCAGCCAUUAACACCAGCUCCAACAAGCUGGGUGGCAGACAGGGACAGGCAGGCAAAGAAGGGUCCGACGACUCAGACACCGCUGCCCUGCUCUCUCACGCACAGACUAACCCGUAUGUGCGUCUCCAGGAGCCUCCCAACCCUGGCGCGUACCAUGGCCGCAAUGCGUAUGACAGACCCUACAAUCCCGACAGCCUUCCGGCGGCGCCAGUGCCGGGACAGGAAUACGGCAUAGUGGGUUCCGCGACGCCGCAGGAUGGCAGGAGGAGGAUUAGCUUCGAGACGCAGGAGACAACGUAUCAUGGGGCAACACCGCAGAGGAAUGAGCCGCAACGAACAUAUGAUGGGGAUUUGGGUCGGCCGAUUACCGAGUGGGAUAUGUUCGCUGGCGUGACGAAACCGGGUGUGAGACCACCUGGGAGUGGACCGCCCCCGGGUAUGAUUUGAGGAAGGCGUUUGGGAUCCUGAUCAGCUUGUUGGAUUCAACAUUGCAUUGCGGGCGUUGUAGUCGUUUGACACGGCGGCUCUCUGCUGGUUUUGAAGUGGCUAACGAGGCUUUCCUUUUCCUAAGGCAGCUAUGUCUGCCUCUUAUACUUCCUUUGGAUACCCAUUCCCGAUUCUGAGGCUGAGCUUUCUGGGAGUUCGACUUCGCUCUACUACGCUAGGCUAUAUGUAGGAGUUACGCGUGUAUGACUAGCAACUGAAUCACCGUUUACCACUUUCAAGUGCUAAGUGAGCAAACGUGCCAAUUGUCCCAAAGCAUCG